UAAUGUACAGUCGCCGGGACCGGGAGAGUUGUUUCGUAAGCUCCAAGGAGACAGGGCUGAGAGGAACACAGACUGAGAAAAAGCCUGUAGAAACAGAGAGAGCGAGGGAGGCUAAGAGGAAAAGCCCAUAGUAAAGAGAGGAAGUCAGGCCCGGGGAAGUUGGCUAACGCUGGGUAAUGUCAAAGAAUGACAGCAGGCAGUAGCUAACGGACGGGGCGGCCAUGUUCUCAUGAUUCACCUGGCUGCGAAUGGGAAAAUCCAGCGACCGUAAACAAGAGGACAGACUCCGCGAGGCCGAUCAGCCAGCGAUUAGGCGAGAGGAAAGGGGUUGACGACAAUAGGCGAGGCGACGACGGAGGUUCAACGGACAGGACAGGAGAAAGCUAAUGUGUUUGGGUUAGGGUUCUUCGAACGGCAGCGCUCUUCCCGUUUGGAGCCUCCGUCCAUCGGAGAAGUAGCAGAGUGACUUUUGAUCCGACUAGUAGCUGCUAUGACUUGUUCCAUUGAAUCCCCACUUUGUGCCGUCGCUCUCCUCAGUACGUUGUCCUGCUCGCUGACGACAAAGUGUCAUCCGGCGUACCUUCCAUGUAGCCGCAUCCUGUCCUUCCCCUUGUAUUCGCAGAAAAUUCCCUUUUCCAUCUUGGAGAAAAGGCUCACUCCCACGACUGCCAGCGUAAUACCAAUGCCAAGGACCCAGCGGCGAUGGAAGAACCAGGCUCGCGGGGACGAAAUGGAAAGGACGAGGCAGCGGUUGUAACGUUUCCUCGAACAAGUCGCCAAUUUUAAAGGGACAAACGGAACAGCUGAUGUGAACUGUGGGAUAUGCGGAAGAGGAGGUGGAGCUGGAGGCAGUCGGCAUGUGGUUUCCUAGGGACCGCAGCCCACGGCUCUUUCUGUUUCUGUUCAUUGCACACUCCUCCAUUCCGACGUACGUGCCCGCCGUGGCUCAGAUAAUGGCCUCUCGCUCUGCACACACUGAAGAGAGAGAGAGCAGGGGAGAUGGAGGUAAAAGCAGCGUGAGAGGGAGGGGAAUAGAGAGAGAUAGACGGAGAGAGAGGCAAAAAGGGGGGGAGGGUGUUGAUUGAAGAGAAACCGACUGCAUGUGUAGCCGAGAGACGGGAAGAAAGAAAGAGAGAAAGAGGAUAUUGAAAAAGGGAAGGGAGGAGCAGAGAGAUAAUGAGAAAGAAGGGAGCAGAGGGAAGGUGGCGGCCAUAAGGAGAGGCUAAGAGAAUGAGGACGGCGGGGAGGUGUGUUAUUUAUGUGUGGCCGGAACGCGCUCGUGGAUUUUGCCGCUCGCUCCUUCUGGCCGGAUGAAAGAAGUCAACAACGCAACCCGAGACGGUCCAAUUACUCGCAUGCCGUCCUGACACCUCAAACGACGCUCAUGCUCCUCUCUGCCGGCCUCCUCGCGGCUUUCUGCUCUCCGACCGGCGCCUAUGGAAGUCUCGGGCCACAGUAUUCACAAAGUCACUUCAUUGGAUGGCCCCAGAGGUGGAGAGCAGAUGGAAAUUGGGUCACCAGACCGCCUCCAGGAAGGCGUGCUGAGCCAGGAACUAUCCAAUGGUGUGAAUUGCUACUCAGAUGAUAAUGAUUCAUCAAUGGAAACAGAGCAGAAGAGGGCAGGAAGUGUACCCCCAAGGCAGUGCUGGGUGGCAGAACAUGGCAAUGACCAACAACAGCCAUCUUUGAACAACAGCAGUCAUGGAAACCGAAGAGAACAUGUCCACCACGUGGAUAUGGAGGAUGCUCAAAAUCUGGUUAAUUUUUCUGCCAUUGCUGGCACCCUAGCACCUUCUCCCUCUACUUCUUGCCUCCAAGUGCAGCCUUUGACAAAACAGCUGUAUGAGAAGUUUACCCAAGAGAUGGGACCUGAUGGGGCUAGGAUCAAACACUCAUUGGCUCCUGACUCAAGCCACCAAUCUCCAGAAAACAUGAACACUCUACAGACAGCACUGAACCACGCGAAACAUGGUCACAAGCCGCCUAACUGUAACUGUGAAGGGCCGGACUGCCCAGACUACCUGGAGUGGCUGGAGAAGAAGAUUAAGUUGGCAACUAGUCAGGCUCAAAGCACCAGCAAGACGAAUGAUUCACCACAUUUGCAGUCCACCAUUCAGCAGCCCCAUCUGCAGAACCAGUCCUAUCUCCAGACUAAUGGUGGCCACUUGUCUUCUUCAUACCCCCAACAGCAACAGCGAACAAAAGGCCCACACACUGGCCAAGUGCCCUACUCCAAACUUCCUCCAAUUCCCUGUUCUCCCCAGGUGCUGUCGAUAGCCAAGGAAAGGAAUGUCAGUCUACAGACAGCCAUUGCCAUAGAAGCCCUCACACAGUUAUCUGGUACUGGGACUCAAGGUGUUGGUCUUCCAGGUCACAUUCUCUUUAAUAAUAACCUCCUCCAUCAUCAACAUCACCAAAACCUUUCAUCUCCGUCACCAAAUGGCACUAACUUAAUACCAUCCGCACGCUCUCAGUCCGUCCCUCCAGGAUUACACACUGACCAGCAAACAGCAGUGUCCUGUGAGCACCAUAGACCCCAGUCACAGGGCCAGCCCCCCCAUGCUUCUACCUCUCCCUUUCCAGGUCAAGGAAAUCCUCAAGGCUUUGGCCAGAAUCCCCAACAGUGGCUGCAUGAUCCAAACAGAGGCUCUGAAGAACAGAAAGUAUUUAUGCGUAGGAAAUCUGAGUCCUUAUCCCAUUAUGCUGGUGCACCUCAUGCUAGAUCAGACCCCAUGACAGAGCUCAAACAGCUGCUGGGUGACACCAGCAGCAAGUCUGGCAAUGCAUCUUUCAAACUUCCAGUCACACAGCAGUUAAGCCAGAAUGGGGGUUUCCAGGCACAGGACCAGCCAGCUUUGCCCAGAAUAAAGCAAGAGCCAGACUCUGACGAGCUCUACCAUCAUUCUGCCUCCAUGGGACAUGGCAACGUGGCAAAUGGGCAGUUUCUGUCUCACCACUACCCUGGCUCUCCUUUGUCUCCUGGGCAAGCAGCCAUCAGACACUCAACUCAGGCAGCUCUGCAACAGCACCUUCACUACAAGAGAAACCUCUUCUCUAAUCAUCCUUCUGGCUUUGGUGCCCCUGUGGCUUGUCAAAACUUAAAAAAAUGGUGGCCACAGAUGGAAGCCAAUGGUUUGACUCAUCUAAACAUAAAACAGGAGCCCAAGGAACCCAAAAAGAAGAAAAAUGGAUCUCCUGUCUUAAAAGCUAUGAGUGGGAUGCUCCCAGGCCCUCCUCUUCCUAAACCCAAACAGAUUAUAAUCAAGAAGACUAAGCAAAAAGCCUCUGUGCCAACUUUCCUGCCUAAGACUCAAAUCACCACCGGCCAAGCCAACACCCUGACCAGUCUGCAACCUGCGGGUUCACUGCCCCCUAUGUCCUUCCACAGUAACUCCUCUCAGGUGGCUGCUGCAGGCCUCCCUGCCCAAGCCCAAUCUCAGGUAUCCAUUUCCAACCUCUCAUUGCCUCCCUCUUUAACGAGUUCUGCUUCGUCAGCAAACACGCCGGCUCCCAUAGGCUCUCUGCCCCCAGCAAUGGCCCAUGCAACCAAUGCUAAACCAGAGGAAGUGGUUAGUUCAGCCCCUAACACUGCCAGUCCUGCCUCAUAUCUGACCUCCACAUCUCCACCCAACACCUCACAGUUACCGGGUCUCAUUAACAUAGACCCCAAGUAUGAAGAACUGAUCCGUCAGUUUGAAGCAGAAUUUGGGGACUCAGCUGCUGCAGACACACCUUCUAGCCAAGCCAUGUCUGCGACUGAUCUGGCUUCUCAGAUAAGAAACAAAUCCCAGUCCAGUGGCCCGGACCCCAAUCUCACAGCAUCUUCUAACACCCAGAUUACUCCCUUCAUCCACACCCCUGAGUCCAGCUCCACGCCUCAUAUGAACAGUAAGGAUAUGGCUGUUAACAAAGAUAACCCUGAAGCCCAAAGGGAAGUAACCUCAAGCCAAACAUCCAUAGAGAGCCCAAUGUGGGGACAGAGGGACAUCAUCCAACAGCAGCAGCAACACAGUCAGAUAGAAGAUGCGUUCAGCAUACCAUGUUCGCCCUUGCCUAAACGGAUGAAAAUUGAAACCACGGGUGAUGUAGCUGUACUUUCCACCACUUGCUACUCUGAGGACGACACACCAACAAAGAACGGCCUGCCUUGUUCUCCAUCUUUGAAAGGGUUCUUGGAGUCUCCUCUGCAAUAUCUAGACACCCCCACCAAGAACUUGCUGGAUACUCCUUCUAAAGACUUACAGGCAGAGUUCCCCACUUGCACCUGUGUGGAACAAAUCCUGGAGAAAGAUGAAGGGCCUUACUACAACCACUUGGGAUCUGGACCCACGGUGGCCUCCAUCAGAGACCUGAUGGAGACACGGUAUGGAGAGAAAGGAGAUGCUGUCCGGAUAGAAAAAGUGGUAUACACAGGCAGAGAAGGAAAGAGCUCAAGAGGAUGCCCGAUUGCUAAAUGGGUGAUUCGUCGAUCAUGUGAGAAGGAGAAGCUGCUGUGUCUGGUGCGUCAUCGUGCAGGCCACCACUGUGCCAACGCUGUCAUCAUCAUCCUCAUCAUGGCUUGGGAAGGCGUCCCCAAGCCUCUGGCCGACAAACUGUACCGCGAGCUGAGCGACACCCUCACCCAAUACGGCAACCCCACAAGUAGACGCUGCGGCCUCAAUGAUGAUCGUACCUGCGCAUGUCAAGGCAAGGACCCUGACUCUUGUGGUGCUUCCUUCUCUUUUGGUUGUUCCUGGAGUAUGUAUUUUAAUGGUUGUAAAUACGCCCGAAGCAAAAUACCGCGCAAGUUCCGGCUACAAGGAGAGCAUCCUGAACAGGAGGACAAACUCAGGAAUAACUUCCAGCAUCUGGCAACCGAGCUGGCUCCAUUGUACAAGCAGCUGGCCCCUCAGGCGUACAGCAACCAGUGUCAAUCAGAGUCCAAGGCUCCAGACUGCCGGCUGGGAUUGAAGGAGGGCAGACCGUUCGCAGGAGUCACCGCUUGCAUGGAUUUCUGUGCCCACGCCCAUAAGGACCAACACAACCUAUACAACGGCUGCACAGUGGUGUGCACUUUGACCAAGGAGGACAACCGCGUGGUCGGGGAGAUCCCCGAGGAUGAGCAGCUCCAUGUGUUACCUCUCUACAAGGUCUCCACCACUGACGAAUUUGGCAGCGAGGAUGGCCAGCUCUUCAAGAUGCAGACUGGAGCCAUUCAGAUGCUUCAGGCUUUCCGGCGAGAAGUACGUAAGUUGCCCGAGCCAGCCAAGUCGUGUCGACAGCGCCGCCUGGAUGCCAAGAAGGCUGCGUCAGAGAAGAAGAAGAAUAAACUCCAGCAGCCGGCAGGACAGACACCAGAGAAGACGGUGGUCAAGGCUGAAUUGUGCAUCACCGAGUCUCCUCAACACCAAGUUAAUAAAGCAAUUGUAAAACAAGAGGUGAAGCCCGUCAUCAAAAAGGAGCCCUUCAAUGGAUCAAUAGAUGGAUACUCUUUUCAAGCAGCCAGUGCAAUCAAGAACAUGUAUCCCCAACCUGCCUACUAUGCAAGGGGAGGCCUCCCCACACCUGGCCAGCCCUCUGCAGCAGACCCAGUAAACGGCUAUAACCACAAUCUGCCCGCAUCGCGCUAUAGUCACUACAACUACCCCCCUAAUGCACUUUUCCCACCUAAGAUGAGGACUUACGAGGCUCGAAAUGCUGGCACUAAGGCUUUCCAAGUGGACCAGAAGCCUGAUAUUCACAACCUUCAGGCCAGACUGGCUCAUGCUUAUCCUGGUCAUACAGAACCAACCAAACAAAUGAAUGCCCAGUCAUUAGACGCCAAGCAGCCACAUCCUUUUUCUGUCUCCUCCGAGUCCUCCAACAGAGACACUCCAGUUAUCAAGCAGGAGCCGAUGGAUAUGCCAGUCUGUGAGGACACAGGACUGAGCCAGGCGGGUGCAAACACUCCUAACUCUGCUACAUGGCCAGGAAAUCGGUUAAAUGGAAGUAUUGGUCCUGCAAACUGGGAGAAUCAGAAUUGUAGACAAAGUCCUGAAGCCUUAUUAGCUAACGCAGACAAGCAGAGGUUCCACCAGCAUUCCCAGCAGCAGCCCUCUCCUUACCCUCAGCCAUGGACAUCCUUUCCUGGCUCAAAUAGCCUAAUGGCAUCCCCUGCAUCAUCACCAGUUCCCCAGGUGCCUCCUUCCCACUCUCCUCAUUUAGGCGCAGGUAUCCUGGGUAGCAUACCUCAAGGAUCUCCACGUCCAAGCACCCCUCAUCCAAGUACACCUCAGCCUGGUGUCACGCCCCCAUUCUCACUUACAGACCGUUCACUUACACCACAUUCUGCCUCUCCCAGGCAGUGGGUCAGUCCUGCCCCAAGUCCCCAGCCCAAUGCUUGGGCUACGGGCCAUGCAGCAUACAGUCCUGGUUUGAAGCACAGCAAUCCUGCAGGCGCCUACCCAGACAAGAUGUGGUCAAAAACCGGUGAAAGCCGUUGUUCCACUCCUCUUGGGGUUCAAGAGAAAGCCUGGAAGUCCUGCGGAGGUUCAGUUGCCGGCAGUACACCAUCCCCUGCUCCUGAGGGGCGCCUCUUCCCCGACGCAUUGCAGCAGUCAGAUCAGUCCGACUGGGACCCCAGUCGAGCAGAGUGCAAUGCUGCGAGCACUCAGGGUCAUGAGGACGAUGACGACGAGGUGUGGUCCGACAGCGAGCACAACUUCCUGGAUCCUAACAUCGGUGGUGUUGCGGUCGCACCAGCCCAUGGGUCCAUCCUAUUCGAAUGUGCCCGACGGGAACUCCAUGCGACCACUCCACUGAAAAGGCCUGACCGCUCGCACCCCACUCGCAUCUCUCUGGUCUUCUAUCAGCACAAAAACCUCCAUCAGCCCGUGCAUGGAUUGGCUGUAUGGGAGGCCAAAAUGAAACUGCUGGCAGAGCGGGCUCUCCAGAGGCAGCAAGAAGCAGCUCUCCUCGGCCUCUCCCAAGAAGAAAUCAAGGCGCUCAGCAAAAAACGCAAGUGGGGCGUCACCGCAACAGGGGCUGCCCUAGGUGCUGGACAAUCGAAAGACAAGAGGGAGGGCCCCGUGACGCGGUUGGCGCCCAGUUUCCACACCACCUCAAUGGUGACCGCGUCUCCCUAUGCCUUCACCCGCCUCACCGGGCCAUACAGCUACUUUGUGUGACGCUCGCCGCCAACUGAUCAAUAGCGAGCGAGAGCAGGAUCGAGGGAUGAGCAAGAUGAAUGUCUCACAUGGCCGUCUCUCCAUCAUGCCCCCUCUGCUGUCCACUUGGAGGCCAGGACAUUGUAAUUGAUAUUAUUAUUUUUUACCUCAUGUCAGGCAGUGUUUGGCCUCGAGACACACUGCUUGUGGUGCUCCUCCUCUCUUUUUCCCAGAGAGGAACUACAUUGCUUUUUUUUUCUUCUUGUUUAUAGAAUUCUAAUGGUUUAAAAAAAUAUUGCUACUGUUAUUGUCAACAUUAUAAUGAUUGCAAUUGUUACUGUCAAUGUUGUUAUUACCGGUAUUAUAAUGAAGAAUUGUUUAUCACGGUCGUUUCUGACAAUGUUAACGAUUUACAUUUUUGUUCUAUAUUUUUUCAAGCCAGUCUGAAUCAGUCGGACAUUUUUUUUUUCCUUUUUCUGUUUUUGUUUUGGUCAAUCUUCCAGCUGUGUUAAAAGGAGGAGCUGUUAUCUGCCUGACAAGAGACCGACCUUUGUAGCGGCAAAGCCUGUUUGGUUACGUCAAAUCAAUUUGUCAUUACGCUCAUAAAAAUUGGGGUGGCACUGUUUUUUUUUUGCAGACAUCAACAAUAGGAUUCCCCGAGCGACUGGACAAGUCUUUUUUUACUUGGGACGUCCCGCGGGCCAGAUUGUGGAUGCUUUUAGACCGGAUCCGGCCUGUGGGUCGUACGUAGUUUGGGGACCCCUGUGCUAAACGAUUUUGUCUAUCGAAAUAUUUGUUGCACUUAAGUGAAUCUCUUGUCAGUCCUUAACGAGCUCCUCCUUUUCUCCUCUUCUACACCCCAGCAGCUUUUGACUGGUGCUCAAAUUCCUUAGCUCUGAUGGAUUUCCAUCCCACGACUUGUCAUGGCACUUGAUGCUGUACUUAGGUGCUCGAACUGAGGUUUUACUUUUGCUCGUCAGCAAUUUGCAAAUUCCAACCGAUCACAGAUCUGUAAC